UGAGUGUCUUCCUGGGUUUCCAGCAAUUCUCCCAGCCGGUGGGAGCCAGCAGCAGUGGACACAUGGAGUCCCCCUCAGCCCCUGCCCACAGAGGGUACGUGCCCUGGAAAGGGCUCCUGCUCGCAGCCGCACUCUUACCUUUCUGGAGCCUGCCCACCAAUGCUUUUUCUGUGGAACUAAUACCGGCCAAUGCUGUGGUAGGGGACAGUGUCAAUAUGCUUGUCCACAAGAUGCCAGAAAAUGUUUUACGCUUAGACUGGUACAAAGAGUCCGUUGAACCAAAGAACAUCAUUGCAACAUUGAAAUCAAACCCAGAAGCUAUUGUUAAUGGGCCUUUAUACAGCAACCGAGAGACCCUGUUCAACAACGGAACCCUGCAAAUCCGGAACCUCACCCGGGAAGACAAGGCCACCUACCUCUUACAAGCCAUUACACUGGGAAGUGACAUUUUACAAGGAAAAGGAGAGCUCGGCGUGUACGAUGUGCACAGCUGCCUCACUGAGCGGAGAGAUGCCAACUCUGACGACGGACACCCCUGGAGGAAUCCGGACAUCACAAGGACCACGUUCUCUGUUCCCCAUACAGUGCUGUUAACCAAACCCACCAUCAACGCUGACAACGAGAGCCCCACGGAGAUGAAGGAAACAGUGAAGAUGCAGUGUGAUCCGGAGACUCCAGACACAACCUACCGGUGGUUCUUCAACUCUAAACCUGUUGUUCUGAGUGAUGGGCUGGAGCUGUCUAUGGAAAAUCGGAUUCUGACUUUAAACCCUACCCUGAGGAAUAACACUGGAGCCUAUGUGUGUGAGAACUGGAACCCUGUGAGCUCCAAGACCAGUGACCCAUUCAACCUGGUUGUUUUCUAUGGCCCAGACCCUCCCGUCAUCUCCCCCUCAAAAACCUUCUACCGUCGAGGGGCAAACCUCAGCCUCUCCUGCUACACAGCCUCCCACCCACCUGCGAAGUUUACCUGGAUUACCAGCAAGCAGGCCGUGGUAUCUGCACAGAACUUCUUCAUACCCACCCUCUCUCCGGAUGACAGCGGUUCCUAUACCUGCCUUGUCAAUAACACUGUCACAUCACUCAGUAAUAACAUGACGCUCGAAAUCAUAGUCUUAGACCCAGUGACAUCAGCCAACAUCAAAGCCUCCAACACCACAGUGCAAGAAGGUGAUAACUCUGUGACCCUGCUGUGCCUCACCAAUGACACUGAGAUCUCCAUCCAGUGGCUCCUCAAUAACCAGACUCUGCAGCCCUCAGACACAAAGGUGCUGUCUCAAGACAACAGGACCCUCAUCCUCAAGACUGUCUCAGUGUACGAUGCCGGGAACUAUCACUGUGAGGUCUCCAACCCCAUCAGUUCCCUAAAUAGUCCCACCGUGAAGCUGGAGGUGACUCCUAAGCCUACGGGCCUAUCUGCUGCAGCCACUGCCGGCAUUGUGAUUGGAAUCCUGGUCGGGCUAACUAUGAUAGGAGGGGUGCUGUACUUCAUGUAUAACAAAAAGACCGGAAGAUUGCCCCCUUAG